AUGGCCUCUUUGCAUGCGCACUUGCCCAAUGCGGAAUCGUUGGACAACCUUCCAGCGUUCACUGUUGGUUUCACCAUCUUUGCUAUCGGGUUUUUUGGCUUCUACCCGAAGGACUCAGAUACUGUUGUUUUGGAUCCACAUGCCCCAUUGAACCUCAACUUGAACGCUAUAUCUUUUUACAUUUUUCCGCAUCUCAAUGUGUUGCAUUUGUUGUUGAAUCUUGUCUCGUUGGCUCCGCUUUUGGCUCGUUAUGAGAGGACUCACGGAACCAUCUACACUGGCGUCACCAUGAACAUUUUGGCUGUUGUCGCUGCGUUGCAGUACUGCUUGGUGGGUCUUUUAUUGUAUCCUACUCAGCAUGUUGCUGGUUUGCUGGGCAUUGUGUUUUCGCUCUUGUCGUUCUACUGCUAUAAGGAGCACUUCACUCAUCCCUCCGUUUACACGUUCAGAACCCGUGGGAACGAGUUUCCUAUUCCUACGCUUUACUUGCCUUUCCUUUACUUAUGCUUCGUUGCGUUCCUUUUCCCUAAUUCAUCGUUUUUCGGCCAUUUGGCGGGUAUCAGUGCUGGUUUCUUGCUUGGAAUGGGUAAGAUCAACUUCAUGUUCCCACCGCUGAAGAUCAUCUUGUGGAUUGAGCAUAGACUUAGCGUCGUGAUCAAUGCAUUGCACAAUAUUGUCAUCUGGACGAAAGAAGAGGAUGCUGUCAAUGAGCGUAGCGUCAACUACAAGCCUCUCUUGUCUGCUGAUAUCGAGCAGGGCGAGCCAGCGACAGCUGCCUACGAAGGAUUCGAGAGAAGAUUGGGCACCUAA